UAACUUAUUUUAUUUAUUUUUUACAAAUUAUAUCAUUAUAAUUUGAAUUGUAGUAAAAUAACUUCGUUUUUUGUUGGUUUCGUUAAGUCGACGUCUCUUCGGCCUGUUCGAACUCACGUUAGCCUAUUAGCUGCUAAGUCACACUCAUUCAAACUAGGCUACUGUGAUGUUUAUUUCUAGUGUUCGAUGAGAAGUUGCGUUUGGGAAUUUGGUUAACUUGCACUAAAAUGAGCUUUUGGUCAUAAAUAACCAAUGGCCUCGUCUAGUGUCUGGUUGGUUGGCCUUUCUGUACGCCCACAUAGAGAUACACCUGGGUGUAAUUAACCAGAACUGUGCAUGUCUCAUGUACGCUAGUAGUAUAUUAGAUUAAAUCAUGCAUUUAAGUGAUAAGGAGUGAUCGGAUUUGAUCCUGGUAUUAUGCAUACACUGGCCGAAAGCAUCAGUAUUUUAUGUUGAGAUCUUCAUUGGACGCGUGUGUGCUGAAUAUGAGCAAAUGUCUGGACUGGUGCAGGAAAAACAGCCCUGCAGUAUUUGGGCAUGGUCGCUAUCCGAUUGACCUGACAACAGUUUCAUGAGUGGCUGUAUUUUCAAAACGGGGAAAAUGUCUUGAGCGUUUAGGCGUGGGGAAAAAGUAGGCGCUUGCGUGGUUUUAUUGCGUGUUUACAGUCUGUAGCUGCAUGUGUAAACAUGGCCUAAAUAUCCUAGUUUGUAGUGAAACUGAUGAUCAUUUACAGACAUGUGACGGAUUAAUUGUUUACCAGUAAGCAGUUUGUUCUAAGACUAUCUGGAGACUGUAUGUUGUUGUGCAUAUUAAAGAAAUACUAUAAAACAACAAAUGUGCUUUUUAAAAACUUAAUACCACAAAUAUGGUCUAAAAACUGCAAACACUCUACAACUUUUACUGUUCACAUUUAGUUGCAUAAGUUAACAGUACAUUUGUCUUAGUUAAGCCAUGGUUGCAUCUCUGAAUUAACCUAUAAUUAAUUUACUUUUGUAAAAUAUGCUGGUGCACAUCAGACUCUAGAAGUCUAGAAAGUUAGCCGAAGCCUAAUGUGUGAACACACAUUAACAUUUGCCUCAUAUUCUUUCUAGAGCUUCAGGUCCAGGAGGGUUCUGAAUGCAGUUUGUCAGUCCAGUGUGGUUGAGACAUGGCAGAAGAUCAGGUAAAGACAGAAGCCUCGGCUGGGGAGGGGGAGACGGAGCCCAGUAUGCUGCUGCAGAAGCUUAAGAGCAACAUUUCUAAAAAUGUGCAGGGCAAAGUGGACAAAAUUUUGGAAGAUGUACAGCGCUUCUCUGACAACGACAAACUCUACCUUUAUCUACAGCUACCCUCAGGUCCAAGUGCAGGAGAGAAGAGUGGUGAUUCAAACUCAGUCAACACAGCAGACCAGCUUCACACCUGUAACUGGAUCCGUAGCCACUUGGAAGAACAUCCUGACACCUGCCUGCCUAAACAAGAUGUUUACGAGACAUACCGGAAGCACUGUGACAACUUACAGCAUCGGCCUCUAAGUGCAGCAAAUUUUGGCAAAAUCAUCCGAGACAUCUUCCCUAACAUUAAAGCACGAAGACUGGGUGGUAGAGGACAGUCCAAAUACUGCUAUAGUGGGAUACGCCGAAAGACCGUGCUAAACAUGCCGUUACUGCCCAACCUGGACCUCAAAAAUGACCCGUCUGAACUGACAGAACUGGUGCAAACCUACAAGCAAGAGGUCACCGAAGCAGCCUGUGAACUCAUCUGUGACUGGGCCCAAAAGAUCCUAAAGCGUUCUUUUGACACAGUGGUAGAAAUCGCACGCUUCCUCGUGCAGGAGCACAUCGUCAACCCACGCUGCAGCCAAGCCGAGCUCGUCACCUCAGCCGCUCUUGCAGGUGGAUCUUCCAAACCUCAUAAGGUAAUCAAAAAGAUUUCAGCAGCUUCCCGAGCAGGUGGAGCAGAGGAGGACAGUGGCAGUGGGGAAAUUAAGCAGAAAGAGAAAGACGGUGUGGAACAGACGCCAUCCAAUAAGCUGCAGGUCAGUGAUAAACCGACCAACAAGGUGGAGUCGGCCCGAGUGGAGGCCUACAUGAAGAAGCUUCCUCAGCUCCUUCCCAGGGGCACCGUCCCAGAGAAAACCUCCCCACCAUGUCUAGCAUCAGCCGAUUCGGGAAGUGUUCAAGUCACUUUGCCCAUUACCGUCACAACGAUACCCUCUCAACCAGGCGGCACCGUCCCUCUUAUGAUUCUGCCAUCAAGUAUGAGUCUCUCUUACCCUGAGCGUGAGAAAACUUCGGUCACGGUCACCACUUCCGCUGCUCCAACCCCUGUCGUCCAGAGAGCGCGACCGGCGGCUCCAAAGAGGGGCCCUGACCCCUCCACCUCAGUGUCAGCCGCUUGCGUUGCCCCAAAACGCAAAAGAGGACGACCCAGAAAGCCAAGACCUGAAGAUGUGGCACCACAGGUACAGUCAGCCCAAACCUCGAAUCCAAAUCCAGCUUUGCUCACAAGAGGAGUAAUCCAAAAGGCCAUGCCUUCUUGUGCUCCCGCAACUCCUUCGCAGUUGGUUGAAAUUGUGAUCCAGGACCAACCAGGAUUGAUGCUAAGCCAACUUCCGACCAUCCAGGAAGUGACAGACGCUGAGAACAGAGGAAUAGUGGUGCAGUGUCAACCUGCACCAGAACCCGAGAAGCAGCAGUCCGUCCUGCUAAUGCAAGAUCCCAACCAACCGAGCAGGAGGAUGGUCAUCCAACGUGCGCCGUUAUACAGAGAAGGAAGGCCCGUUCCCCUAGAAGUGCCACAGAGCGCCAUCUCGUACCUCCCGCCUGCAACGUUAUUAGAGGAGAGAGGAGAAGUGGAAAUUACGCUGACUCCUGUGGAGCCACAUGCCGAUUCCAUGCCAAACUCAGCAGGUAUCUGCUUCGGCUCCUUGACUGGAGAACCCCCCAAACCUGACGCCCCGUGACGGCAGCACAGCAAACCGGCUUCCUUCUCAGAGACUCCGUGAUCUCGAUGCCUUUCCAGUGCUUCUGUGAAUCGCGUGAACUGAGGUUUACCAUCUUGGCUGAGCUUGAGUGGGUAUGUCUGCUUUCUGUGUAAAAAAAAAUUGUAUAGAAGUACAACCUGUCAUUGUUGCCUUCAAACAGCAACUACACUCAUAUUUUCAUAUUAAUAACAUGACACAUUAGUGAAUUCCUGAAGAUUUCAGGAAUGCUGUUGAAGAGAUUAUGAAUUUAAGUGACCUAAAACAAAUGUUUCAACUGUUUUGACAAGAAAGUCCAUUGGAAAUUGAAAAGAUAUACUCACAAAUAACAGUCCAGCUCAGUUCUAAACAUCUAAAAAAAGACAAUUCAUAGUUAGAGGAGAACUGCUUACCAUCCGUCUGCGUUUGUCACCAGGCUCAGUGCCAUAAAGGGCAGUCGAUCUUUUAUUGCUCUCACCAUCUUUGCAUGUUUGUGUUUGUAAACAUGAAUUGAGACAUU